UGGGAAUUUAUCUACACCCCUCGAUGGACUGUGGACUGGAUGAAGUAGAUCUGCGGAGCGGGGGGGUCUACCGGGAGACCAGUCUCUGGGGAAUAGGGGUGCAAUGAUGUUUCUUUUUUUGUUUGUUUGGCUUAAUCAAUCCCUAGUAUUCGUAUGUCGUAGGGAUAUGCGACAGCAAUUGCAUUGGAUCUCUGGCGCUGGGGCAGCUUGGCAGGGUGACGAACCGUUUGAAAUGGGAUUCCCUCGAUGUAACAACUUUUUAAGUGGAGACGCGGCCGUUGCUCAGGGAGUUUUAUUUUUGAAUGAUGUGAUUGAAGCUGUUUGAUUGGGUGGCGCUUUUUUGAGGUCGACGUCGGAUGGUUCCGAUGACGGCGGGACAAUUGUGUAGGAUGAAGG